CUCUCUCUUUCUCCCUCAUUUCCCCCAAAUCAACAAAAACCCUAAACUCUCCUCCCUCUCCUCUCUCGGCUAUGUCGCCGCCUCAUCCGUCGCCGCCACCUCGCGGCCGUCCGGCGAGCAGGGCUGUCGCCUGUGGUGACGCUCGGCGCCGCUCCACCCCUCUCUGUUCCUUUCUAUCUCUUUUUCUUUCUCCAUCGGCGGAAAUCGCCGCCUCUCUGCCACCGGGGCUCCUCAGUCGCCGCCGCGACUCCGCCUUCCUCUCUGUCUUUCUCUCUCCGCCCCGCUCAUGCCACCGCUGUAGCAGCGAGCGCGGCGGCGCACCGCCGCCAUGCCCGACCGAUCUCCUUCCUCCCUUGCUCGGUCGCCACUGCCGCGGAAUCCACCGGCACUCUUCCCUUUUCGGGUAUGUCGCCGCCGCCGCCGUUAUUCCGUCAGAUAAGGUUGUAGUGGCGGUUCGGAGUGUGGGGUUGUCCAACGGAGAGCCGAAGCUUGCUGCCGGAAGUCCGGCAGAUUCACCUCCUCCAGUUAUUUUGUAGGUGAAAGAAAAGGCUUGGCUGCCUUGCUGCUGCUUUGAGACGUGGGCCAUGCUAUCCCGGGCUCGACGGCUCGUUCGGAUAUGGCGCGGUGGUAGUGCGGCGUGGGCUCGGGAAAAGAAAUCCAAGUGCAAGCUACCCUAGACUUUAUUUCCUUGAGCUUUCGGUUCAUUCAAGAGUAUUGUAACAUUAAUAUCCCAUCUCAUCCUUUUGUAAGACCAUCAUGAACUUCCAAAGAAACAAAUUUUUGGGCAUUAUGUGGACCUUUUCUUUCGGGAACACUUGAAUAGCAUUCCUUUUUUU